GUCACUUCCGGCCAUUUAAACUCGGCGUCGGCGGGGCGCACUCGGGGAUGGCGGCGGCCGAGCCUGCGAGCUCGGGGCAGUCGGCGCCGCAGAGCCAGGCCCAGGGUCAGUGGGCGCCCCCCGCUUCUCCCGCGCCGCCGUCGCAGCUCGGGGGCCCGGCGGGCGGGAGCAGCCGGCACGAGAAGAGCCUGGGGCUGCUCACCGCCAAGUUCGUGUCGCUGCUGCAGGAGGCGCAGGACGGCGUGCUGGACCUCAAGGCGGCUGCAGAUACUCUGGCUGUGAGGCAGAAAAGAAGAAUUUACGAUAUCACCAACGUCUUGGAAGGGAUCGACCUGAUUGAGAAAAAGUCCAAAAACAGCAUCCAGUGGAAAGGUGUGGGCGCUGGCUGCAACACUAAGGAAGUCCUGGAGAGACUGCGAGACCUCAGAGCCGAGGUCGAGGACCUGGACCUAAAGGAAAGGGAACUGGAUCAGCAGAAGUCGUGGCUGCAGCAGAGCAUCAGAAAUGUGAUGGAUGAUGCCAUCAACAGCAGGUUUUCCUACGUGACUCACGAGGACAUCUGCAGCUGCUUCCACGGUGACACACUGUUGGCCAUCCAGGCACCUGCGGGCACGCAGCUGGAGGUCCCGCUCCCAGAGAUGGGUCAGAAUGGACAGAAGAAGUACCAGAUCAACCUCAAGAGUCACUCGGGCCCCAUCCACGUGCUGCUGAUAAAUAAAGAGUCCAGUUCGUCUCAGCCUGUGGUUUUCCCUGUUCCCCCACCGGAUGACCUCACGCAGCCCCCCUCUCAGCCUUCGACUCCCCGGACUCCGCACAAGCCCAGCCCCGCCCCGCCGAGCCCUCCGGGGCCGCCCGCCUCUGAGAGGAGCCCCGGCCUCCAGCACAUCCUGGCCACAGACUCGGCUUCAGGAUCUGUUACUGGAGAUCUCAUUGAUGAGCUGAUGUCUUCUGAUGAACACAGAAACGAUAGUUUAACGGAUGUGCCUUUGAGUGUGUGGAGCCACGCUAACCUUGAGCCUGUGCUUUGCUUGCAGUGUUUCCUCUCCUGCGGCUCUCCCCCACCCCCGCGGACGACUACAACUUUAACUUAGAUGACAGUGAAGGAGUGUGUGACCUGUUUGAUGUCCAAAUACUAAAUUAUUAGACUCCUUGGACACCUGGGACAGUAUCUACCUCUAACUGAAACCUUGUAGACUUGCUAAUAACCUGAGUAUUUAUAAUGAACGUAACACCUGUUUAGGUCGCUGAUUCUGACGUCUUCUUCCCUAAUACUUGCUCUCCGACUUCACAAAACGUCAACUGUGAAAACAAAGGGUUCUGAAGCCCCUACACUGACUGCAUUCUGGAACUUCAACUUACCUUCCAAUUCUAACUCUUUUUACUCUUGUGAAAGGAAAGUUAAAAGGUUAAGGUCAUCAAAAACCAAAAUGGCCACGGGCUCAUCACUUAUUUGUGUUCCGCUUUUACUGCCACGAAACUGUCUGUAUUUCUGCGCUCCGAUCCUGACAGACAGUCACUGCCACGUAUGGAGUGAAGGUGCCCGAGAGGCUUCGGUCACUUCCCGUGAAGAGUUUGUGAAGUGCCUUUGUUCUAGCACUUUAAGUUCACCACGUUUGCUGACUCCUGACAUUCCACUUUCCUGGAUUAUAGGAGAGGGCUGUUUAUGUAGUGGUUUUUAAAAUGUGCCAAUGCCUGUACAUUAACAAGAUUUUUAAAAAUAAAGUUGUAUAAAGCAUU